GCGACCUCCACAACUCUUCUGGGGAUUUGCCGGUGGUCAGAGGGGUGUCGGAGCAGGUGGCGCCAAACCCACUCCCCUUAGCCGAUUCCUCCAGGGAGCAGCCCAAGAGGGCAAACCAUAAGUGUGGAGUCUGGAGGUCAAGAGAGGGAACCUUAGGGCACACAGACUUACUGGGGGAUGAGGGACCCUAGCCUUUGCCUACAUUAUCUCCAAAGGCCUGGGAAAAGUUAGCAGAUUAAACAUUUGAGGAAAGAGAAAGGGUGUUGGAUAGGCACGGAGGGGCUCUCCAGAGCUCUGGAUCAGACUGGAACUUCCGGAUGUUUCAAGGAGGUUGUCACCCCAAGGAUGCCAUUGGGAUGGCAGCUGGCAGUGGCCAAGUCGUAGGAUGUGGAACAACCCUCGGAGAACUCUAGCCUGAGUUGGAGUGCAUUCUGGGGCCAGAAAGGCCACCAAGCGGUCACCAGCGGCUCCCAGGUAGCUGGGAUCUGCCCUUGAAAGGCAGCCGUGUAAUCGCAACCUGGGUCUACAGCUGGGGGAGAGGAGCCUGCGAACUCGUGAGCAUGGCCAGGGUUUCCUCAAGUCAGAGUCGCGGGCACGGCCUGGAGUCCAUCCUGCGGCAGGCAGCCCGGGAGCGUGAACCGCAGAGGUCUGACCAGGUGUCGGCGUGGUUUGUUGUGGAAGAUGUCGGGAUCUGGCAUAAAGAAGCUGUCUCAGGCUCCUGGCUUGCCACCCUGAAUCAGAAUCCUAAGGAGGCCGUAUGUGUUUGGCUUCAGAUCUGCACUUUUCUUUUCAAAAAAACCUGCACUGCACUGGCUGAUGCUGGCGGUGGUCUGACAUGAAGGCAGCCGCACAUGGAUUCGGGUUGCGUGGGGCUGCUGUGUAGUGUGAGAGGGCAGUGUGUGUGGCUUUGUUCCUGCAGGGAGCCCUCGUUAGCUGAGUGAGCUGGAAACAGUUCUCCCGGAGUAGAGAUUUGGAUGCAGAGCUGUGAGAGUGCGGCAAUGCUGAGAGGAAGUUCACUGUAGUGCGUGUUAGCGAGGUGUAGCGUGUCAGGGCAGGAGGGGUCUGUGGCCGGGGGCUGGGGUGCAACAGGAAUGCUCUGUUGUUGGAUGGGUGACAGCAGUUCGUCUGUUUAUCGGAUGUUUCUUGAGCACCUGUUUUGCCCAGGCGUUUGCUGCAUAGUAGAGACACAUCAAUGAACAGGUCGGCAGAGUUCUGACUCUUUCAGAGCCUGCAGUCUGGCAGUUUGGAAGUCCCUGGCCCACAGUCACACGCUUUUCUGGUUCUUCAGCUUGCGGGGGAUCUGACUUGGCUCCCGGUGGCAGAGCCCUUUCUUUCCCGUCUUGCAGAAUUUGCCUGCACGGACGCCGUCUCAGCUCAGAGCAUUUCAGCAAUAUGCUGUUGUUCCUCCUCUCACUUAGUCAUGGGAUGAAGGCUGUUCUGCAGCCCAGUGUUCUGAAAUGUCACCAGGGUCACCUGAGUCAGGAGGAACUGGAAGGUCCCAUCAAAUAUUUACUACCUCCCCCUGCAAGCUCUUGCCUCCAGAGCUGCAGGCUGCUGCUUCCAAGCCCUGCACAUUCAGUUUGGGCUUCCUGCUGACACUUCCAAGGCAUCUGCUUCAACAGCAACAACAAGCCCAGGCUGGGACAUGUGCGUCAGUCUCUGGCUCCUAGGACAGAGGAAUUACUCUUUCCUUCUCUUCUCUCUGUCCCAAGAUUUCUGUCCUUAGAAAUGGAAUUGAGACCAAGGAAGAAAAAUGGGGUUCCGAAUACAACAACUUCUGGAUAGAAUUUUCUUAGAGUAAAAUAUAGCUCUGGGAAAACAUAUGUGUGUAUAUAUAUUUCCCCACGGCUCUGUGUGGAUAUAUAUUUAUACACACAUGUACAUAUAUACACAUACAUAUAGAUAGAUGUAUACACAUACAUAGGUAUGCAUUUUAUACUGAUAAGUACAUAUUUUAAAUUUUAAUUGAUACAUAAUAAUUGUACAGUAUGACAUUUUAAUACUAGUAUACAGGAAAUAUAUUUUCCAUGUCUCCUGAGUUCAGUUUUUUAAAAUCUCAAAUGAAUUGCUUAACCUCAUCAGAUGUUUUGCUUUACAUGUAAUAUAGGGAUAGCCACAGUUUCUCAACCAUAUGUUUGGGAGAUGAAAGGAGAUGAAGAGAUAUGUGUCAAGCUUGGCCUAGGGCAUGGCAUAGAGCAAGGGCUCUGUCGGUGUUAGUUAUUAUUAUUCUUGUUCUUGUUGUUGAUUAGCCACCAGGGGCUGCUUCUUCCUGUUUGAAACAUAGCCAGGGAGAGCCAGGGUUCUGAGUGGCACCGAAGGUACCAAGCUAGACUCCUAAUUUAGGGGACACAGGUAAUAAGACUCUCCCAGUGACCUCCUGGAGCCUCCUUACUGCCUGCAGGGUGUAAGCGCGGGUCUUAAGUUCAAGGCUUGAAGUGGUGGCUUGGAAGAUAGCAGAGCUGCUGGUUCUGAUCCCAGUUCUGCCACUGUCUAUCUCUGUGACCUUGGGCGUGUUAUCCUCUCUCUGUGAUCUUCGUUUAUUCAUCCAAAAAUGAGAUUGACAAAACAAACAAGCAAACAAAAACCUUGCAGAGUUACUAUGAGGCUCACACAAGAUGAAGAUUAUCAACACACCUGUUUCAUGGUGGGUGCUGGUUAAAGGGCAGCAUUCAUUAAUGUUAUUGUUAUUGUUGCUAUUAAUAGAGCGAUUGCCUAAAUGAGGGCCUAUGUAAGGUACUUUGAAAGCUACCUGUGAGCCAGCUGAGGAAGGUUAUUAAAAAAGGGAGCGGGGCCGGCGCCGCGGCUCACUAGGCUAAUCCUCCGCCUAGCGGCGCCGGCACACCGAGUUCUAGUCCCGGUCGGGGCGCUGGAUUCUGUCCUGGUUGCCCCUCUUCCAGGCCAGCCCUCUGCUGUGGCCCGGGAGUGCAGUGGAGGAUGGCCCAGGUGCUUGGGCCCUGCACCCCAUGGGAGACCAGGAAAAGCACCUGGCUCCUGGCUCCUGCCAUCGGAUCAGCGCGGUGCGCCGGCCGCAGCGCGCCAACCGCGGCGGCCAUUGGAGGGUGAACCAACGGCAAAAAAGGAAGACCUUUCUCUCUGUCUCUCUCUCUCUCACUGUCCACUCUGCCUGUCAAAAAUUAAAAAAAAAAAAAAAAAAAAAAAAAAAAAAAAAAAAAAAGGGAGCGGACCACUUCUGAUCCAGCUCCCUGCUAAUGCACCUGAGAAAGCAACAGAAGAUAACACAAGGACUUGGGCCCCUGUACCCAUGUGGGAGACCUGGAUGAAGCUCUUGGCUUCUGGCUUUGGGCUGGCUUAGCCCUGGCUAUUGCAGCCAUUUGAGAAAUGAAUCAGUGAAUAAAAAUCUCUCUCUUGUCCCUCCCUCUCCAUCUCUGCCUUUCAAAUAAAUAAAUCUUUAAAAAGAAGAAGGAGAAGGAGGAAGAGGAGGAGAAAGGAGCUGACUGUCAAAGGACCUUCCCUUGUCCCCUCUUAGUAAACAGCUAAGGACAUGCCACCUAGCUGCCUAGAGAGGAAAUGUGUUGUCAGAAAUUAACUCAGAAAUGACCUGAGGCUUUGAGUUUUGGAAGACUGUUUUAUGAACGGGCUUUCCUCUUCCUGCCCUAACGUUGAGGAGAAAUAGCCCUUGUAAAGGAUGCGAAUGCAGAUAAAACCCACAGCUCUGUCUCAUCUUCCCACAUUCCCAGCUCUAGGGGCAUCUCGUGUGUCUCUUUGGAUUUGGAUAGACUGGCCUGGUUCCCAUACUGCUUUGUGCGUAGUAGAAUCAUGGUAUUUUAUUUUUAUUUAUUUGAAAAGCAGAGAGACACAGAGAAAUAGACAGUCAGAGAUCUCCCAUCCACUGGUUCACUCCCCAGAUGCCUGCAACAGCCCAGGGUAGGACAGGCAGAAGCCUGGAGCUUGGAGCUCAAACUGGAACACUCAGUUGGGUGGCAGGGACCCAAGUCCUUGAGCUAUCAUCUACUGCCCCCUCCCAGGGUGUGCAUUAGCAGGAAGCUGGAAUCAGAAGCAGAGCUGGGAAUCGAACCCAGACACUUCUGGUAUAGAAUGAGAUGUCCCAAGCAGUGUCUUGGUGGCUAUGCCAGAUGUGCACUCCAGAUCACAAUAUUUAAUGAGGGAAUGAAUGAAUGUUGUUACCAGCUUCUGGACCUCAGGGGUUUGUUAGUUGCUAUGGCUUAGUUGAGGAGAGAGAAACCGUGAUGGUUCGAGUCCUAAUGGAUUCAGUCGCACGAGGCCUGUGUUCCUAGCAUGAGGUCUCUGUGUAUUCCUCACUCCUGCCCACAUCCCUCUGAGAGGACACGGAGGAGUCUCCGCUGCCUUCCCUCUGGGGCCUGGGUGUGGCUUGCUGUCAGCUGUGGGAGAGCACUUCUGGCUGUCUACAUUUGCCUCCAGCUGUCUCAGCAUUCUGCACCUGUCCAGAGUCCACUACACCACUGAGGAAGCAGUGUCUUCUCAUUAUUUUAUCUUCACAGCAACCUGUGAAAAUUGGCAUUAUCGGCCCCUAUUUCAGAGAUGAAGAAACAGGCCCAAGAGAGGGGAAGUGACUUGUCCAAAGGUCACACGAUAAGUAAAUGGCAGGGCUGUGCAAGGGAGCUGAGGUCUGUUUAUCUCCAAACUACACCUGCCUCUGUGCCUCACGCUGGUCCCUGGUCCAGCGGGAAGCCGCAUAUGCACGUCAUUCCCUAUUGUCUAAAGUGUCUCAUGUUACGACCCAGCCUCCCCAAGUACCUUAGCACUGGGCUGUCAUCCAAGUUCAGAUGCCUGCGGUAGACCUGCUCAGAACGGAAGGUGAGCCUACCGCUAAUCAGGAAUAAUCAGCAAUGGGCUUAUCCUUCUCAUCCCUCUGAUCCUAUUAUUCCGUUCCAGAACUCGAAUUGUGGCUUCCAGAGACUGGAGGAGAUAAGGAAAGGGGUAGGGCCAUGUGAUGGUUCACUCCUUAGAGGAGUCCCCUACCGUUUGCCCUUCUUACAUGUCCUACUGAAGGUCGGGCCAACUGCUCCAUGCCCACCUGCCCAGCUCAAGAUAAAGUGAGCCCUAAAGCAGCAGAUAUAAACCCUUGGAUCUCUCACUUCCCUUAAGUCUUAGGCCAGUGUCAGCCCCUUACCCCACCACUACCCCAAAGCAGGGUGGGAUUUUGGUUUUUCUGGCCCCUGUCUCCUGUUUUCAAAGACAGGCAUAUGUAUCUCAAGGUCAGCAAGUGGGUGCUGUGCCCUGAGCUGGCCUGCAGGGGGCAGGAGUUACCAGGUCUGACUCCAUGCCCUCCUGAAUGAAUGGUUGCCGCAACUGACCCUUUGAGAUCAGUGCUACGGGGUGGGCUUUGUGGUGAAGUGGGUUAAGCGCCUGCAUCCCAUGUCGGAGUGCCAGUUUGAGUCCUGGUUAUUCCACUUCUGACCCAUCUUCCUGCUAAUGAAUCCUGGGAGGCAGCAGAUGAGGGUGGAAGUGCUGGGGCUGCUGCCACCCACAUGGGAGACCUGGAUGGAGCUCCUGCUGCUGACUUUGGCCUGGGCCAACCCUGGCUAUUGCAGGCAUUUGGGGAGUGAAUCCGUGGAUGGAUAUCUUUCCCUCAACCUCUCCUCCCCCCAUUGCUCUGCCUUUCAAGUAGAUGAAAAUGAAUAAACAUUUAAAGCCUGUGCUGGGCAAGAGAAAGGGGCACUUAAAAAAAAAGAUUUAUUUAUUUAUUUGAACACAGAGAGGCAUAGAGAGAGAGAGAGAGAGAGAAGAGAGAGAGGUCUUCCAUCUGCUGGUUCACUCCCCAGAUGGCUGCAAUGGCCAGAGCUGCGCCGAUCUGAAGCCAGGAGUCAGGAACUUCUUCCAGGUUUCCCACGUGAGUGCAGGUGCCCAAGCACUUGGGCCAUCUUUCACUGCUUUCCCAGGCCAUAGCAGGGAGCUGGAUCAGAAAUGGAGCAGCUGGGACUCAAACCAGUGCCCAUAUGGGAUGCUGGCACUGCAGGUGGCAGCUUUACCCACUAUGCCACAGUGCCAGCCCCCAGGGGGCACUUUUUAGGUGCCUGGCAGUACGCCAGGCCUUUUCAGGCCUCAUCUCAUGAAAUUCUCCUGAGAGCCCUAGGGAAACUGCUAUUAGAAUCCUCAUUUCAUAAUGGAUGAAACUGAAGCUCAGAAGGAUCAACCAGUCCUCAAGUUCACAUGGUUACCAAGCUGCAGGGCAAGAUUUGAAACUGAGUUACUCGGACUGCAUGCCAAGUGCUGAAGCCCUGUGGCUCUCAACAAUGGCUGCAGGUUAGAAUUCCCUGGGAGGUGUUAAGCAACACCUAAACUUAGGAAAUCAGAAUUUCGGGGAAGCUCUCCUGGUCUACAACCAGCAUUGAGAACUUCUGCCUAUUUAGUUCGUUUGUAAUCGGGUUUGUGCCUGGCACCUACCCCUCUGGGGUCCCUGGUGGGCCCCAUUUUUCCAGACGAGUCCGCAGAUGGUCCAUUUUCUAUAUUUUGCCUGCAAGUCUUUCUCGAUCCCCCCCAGAGUAAAUCAAACCCUGUCUCACAUUCUCAGAGUUCAUGUGUCUCUUGUUUCUCCCAUUUAUCUGAAAUGUUGUUAAGUAAUUGUGUUCCUUGCUCUUACCUCUUGCCUGCCUGCUAGAGCAUUGGCCACCACUCUGCCCGGAAGCAGGGCCGUGUUUAUUUUGUUCCAGAGCACAGUAAACAUUAAACAGUGAGCGUCGGACAGAUGAGACUUCUUUCUUCCAUGUGAAUAAUUACUCACGGAGUCCGUAUUACAUGCCACACAUUUUCCGACAUAUACUUAUAAGUCAGAUAGGGAAAGCCCCAUCUCCCAGCGGAGGAAACCCAAGCUCAGGAAUGGGAGGCAGUCACAUUGUCAGAGCCAGCAGAGCCCGGGCCUAACCCCAGGCCUCCCCGCCCCUCCCAUUCAUCGCAGUCAAUUGAAUCUGACCCCUGGCCCAGACCCGCGGAGUGCUUCCUUGUUGCCCUGUUUCCAAGCUGUGUUCUUUGAAGAAGCCAUUUAUGUUGGCUGCUGGCUCUUUCUGGUUCAGUGCCCUGGCUUCUUCACCCUCUUUCCUGCCCUUUAGGCAUCAACACCCCACCCCCUGGCUCCUCUCUUUCCCAGGGGUGCGGCCCCUCCUUACCCAUCUCCUCUAGAAUUUUGGCGCAAACAAGGCUGCUGGGUGACUCCCCUGAUUAACCCAUUCCACGACGAGCAGCGGCUGCUCCACAGUCACCUGUCUUCACUGGGCGCAGAAACUGGACAAAAGCCCUGGGGAGAGGAGUCUGUUGCUGCAUCAGGGCCCUGGGAGGAGUCCAGCUUCCCGGUCUAUCUCUGGUGCCCCCUGCUGGGCAAAGCUGGUGUGUGGAAACAGGGCCGCUUGGAGUUUCUGGCUUGGGCUCAACUGGAAUACCCCAGGCUUCAAGGUGAGAACUUGCAGGGAAAAGCAACAGCCAAUCACCAGAUGCGUUCUGGCCCAGAGACCUUAAGGAGGGCUUUGUACAGGGCUGCUCCCCUUCUUGGCAUCUCAAGGAAGCUGGGAAUGAAUGCUCGCUCAGCGUCAGGUGGCAGAGGUUUGGAGACCUUGCUUUGGCCCCCUGCACCAGCGCGCUGCCUCCAUCAUGCCUGCCUCAGGAUCAUCUCUUGUUUCCCUUGGGGUGGAGAGAUUGCACACUGCGCAGAAGACAGCUGUGCGCAAGCCCCGGAGACUCAUCCCAUUUUAAUGGCAAGGCAAGUGUGACAAACGGAGCAUGAUAGAGUCGUCCACACAAGACCUGCUAGGCGCUCAACUGGAGCUGUCUGCUCUGGUUGCAGCUGGGAUUGCCAGGGGGCGGUGAGGAUCCGUGCUAGUCCCAAGGACUGCUCUCCAUAAGUGGCAUUCGUUUCCCUGGGGUCUCAUCUGUGCAUGCAUAUGUCUGUGCCUGCCUGUGUGUGUGUGUGUGUGUGUGUGUGUGUAUGCAUGUGUGCACAUACACAAGGCUGCAGACUGUGAGGCACCCUGGCUUUGGGGACCCAAACUAGCCAGCUUCCCCUUCUGGGUCUGUUGGCCUAAUUCCCAGCCGCAGCUGCCGCUCCGGUCCCCUCCCUGAGGCAAUCGCCCUGCAGAUUUGGCAGCAGCAAAAGGAGGGGCUGAGGGAAGGGGAGAGAAGCAGAGAGGACUCAGCUCUAAUCUGAUGGAGAUGAUCCGCCAGGCUCCUCCAGCUCAGCCGCCCUCUGCCAUCAGCUCUCCGGGCGAUUUUCUCUGUGCCCGGCACUCUCCCCUGCUGCCUUCAUCUCCUUAAGAAAGUGCCCCGAAAGUUAAACCUAGACACACAAACACACUCACAAUCCACCAAAAGGAAAAAAAAAAAUCAGAAAGCAAGAGCAGGCAGACGAGUAAGAGAGCACGCGCGCAAGAGAGGGCUCUGCUUGGUCCUGGAGGAAGAGCGGCAGAGGAAGGCAGAGGGAGGCUGGGGUUGGCCGUGACCGGCGCUACGGUCUCCCAGCCCCCCAAGCAGCCUCCUUCAUGGACCCCGGGAUCCUGAGAGGGGCUGCCUCAGCUUAGGAUGGGCAACUGUGUCAAGUCUCCACUGAGAAAUCUCUCCAGGAAGAUGCGCCAGGAAGAGAAGAGCAGCUACAUGGUGGUGCAGACGAGCGAGGAGGGGCUGGCAGCCAGUGGCGAGCUCCCAGGACCACUCUUGAUGCUGGCCCAGAACUGCGCGGUCAUGCACAACCUGCUGGGCCCUGCCUGCAUUUUCCUGCGCAAGGGCUUCGCUGAGAACAGGCAGCCUGACAGAUCGCUGCGACCAGAGGAGAUUGAAGAGCUCCGAGAGGCCUUCAGGGAAUUCGACAAGGACAAGGACGGCUACAUCAACUGCCGGGACCUGGGCAACUGCAUGCGCACCAUGGGCUAUAUGCCCACCGAGAUGGAGCUCAUCGAGCUGUCGCAGCAGAUCAACAUGAACCUUGGUGGCCAUGUAGAUUUUGACGACUUUGUGGAGCUAAUGGGGCCUAAACUCCUGGCAGAGACAGCAGAUAUGAUUGGAGUAAAGGAACUACGAGACGCUUUCCGAGAGUUUGACACCAAUGGUGAUGGGGAGAUAAGCACCAGUGAGUUGCGAGAAGCCAUGAGGAAGCUCCUGGGUCAUCAAGUGGGACACCGAGACAUAGAAGAAAUUAUCCGAGAUGUGGAUCUCAAUGGGGAUGGACGAGUAGACUUUGAAGAGUUUGUCCGGAUGAUGUCUCGCUGAGGCUGUGAGGGCCCCUCCAGGAUUGCCAAGCUCCCACAGGUGGGGAGGAGAGGAGCCGGAGCACGCCUCACCCCACCGUAGCUGCCGAGAGCCCGGGAUGAACUCGCGGACGGGGCCUGCCUGCACCCCGGGGAGGUGCCCACCCCAGACCCCCACCCCUCCGCACUGUGAAAGACUCACAACUCCUGCAACUGGAAAGGGGGGGCGCCCACCGAGGAGGAGGCCACAGUGCCAAGCCAGCAGAGUCGUGCCAGGCGCCAAGUGCCAUGUGCCCGGCCGUGGCCGGCUGGGUGGGCCAGGGAGCCCGCCGCGCAGCAGGCCCCACACAGCAUGUCUGCCUGGGCAGAGCCUCUGGCUGCCCUCCUCAGCUCUGUGCCCGUCCCAGCUCGCCUCAGAACUAAUAAAGUAUUUCCAAGAGAAAGA